AUGCAAUCUGUGGUAAAGUGUCGUUUGCAAGCCAUCAAGAGGAAAAGCGGGUGCCAGCCUGACCUUGCCGGACGUGGAUCAAGCGAAGGCCGGUUCCUCUCUGCCGUAUAUAAACGCGAGAACUCCUAUGCGUCCUCAGUCCUCGUCCGGCACUUCCACGCAACUCUCAAGAUGAACGGCCGUCUCCUCAUCGCCCUGGCCUUCGGCGCCACCCUCGUCAACUUCGCCCAGAGCAUCAUCCUCCUGGCCACUGGCACCGCGGCCGCCGCCACCACCGUCACCGUCAGCGCCGCAGGUCUGGCAGCCGGCGCCGCCGCCGUGGGUGCUCUGGCCGUGGGCGCAGCGGCAGCCGUGGCCUUGGCCAGCCGUGGAAAGCGCGAGACUUCGUCCUGCCUUCCCUUCUCCAGCCCCGAGAUCUACUUCAGCAUGGCGGCCAACUCCGACUUCCUCGACUGCGGUCGCCGCUACGUCUGCGAGCUCGAAGCCACCGCCGACGACAAGCUCGCCCACGAGGAGCUCCUCAUCCGCAACCUCUUCGGACGCAGCUCAAGCGCCAUCAGCGGAGUCGCCGGAGGUUUCUUCGCUGACGCAGGCAAGGUCGGUACCGUCAAUGGCACUGCCGCCUGCGCUCAGACCUUCAGCAGCUGUCCCUUCGACAGGAAGGACAUCUAUCAGGCAUUCAGGGAAAUCCAGAACACUGCCUGAGUCACUUCCUCUCCCAUCUUCUCACCACCGCAGCCAUAGACCCUAAGAGGACGGGGUAGUUUGCGUUGCGUGG